AUGGCAGAUGAAGAAACACCAUCUGGAUCUAUUGAAGAUCGUAUUUCUCAUAAGAAUUGGAGGUGGCGUGUUAGUGGGUUCGAAGAAUUGACAAUCAAGUUUAAGAAUUCAUUCGAAACCACUGGAUCACUGUUCAAUGAGCACGGUCCAAACUUUAAAAAGUAUCUCUCUGAUAUCAACCCAAUGGUACAAGAGAAAGUAUUGGAUACUCUUUCAGCAUUUAUAGAUAGAUGUGAUGUUGUUAAAACAUUUGCACCUUCAUUUGUACCUACACUGGUAGAGAAAUGUUUCUCUUCUACUCGUCCAAAGGUUAAGGAUAAGACUGUUGAUGUUCUCAUUGCUACUAUCGAAGCAGAUUCACCCGAGCCAGUAAUUGAGAAUCUACUGAAGGGAACAACCAGCAGCUCACUCAAGGUAUCGGUUGCAUCACUUAUCGCACUUAGAGAAUCAUUAAAAACAUUUGGACCAAAAGUUAUAAAUAUAAAGAGUAUAAUGAAACAGUAUCAACCAUGGUUUGAAAACAGAGAUAAGAAUGUCAGAGAGGAAGCAAGUAACCUUAUCGUCGAGGUAUAUCGAUGGAUGAAACAAGGAUUAUUACCAUUGUUGGAUAGUUUAACACCAAUACAAUUAAAAACAUUAAAUGAACAAUUUGAAAAGUUACCAGGUGAUCCUGCUGUUCCAUUGAAAUAUAUGAGAUCUGAAGCUGCCAAAGCACAAGCUGCCGCUGCAAAGAGUGCUAAAGGAGGAGCGGUAGUUGUUGAAGUUGAAGAAAUCGAUCCAUAUUCAAUGAUCGAUGCAGUUAAUAUUCUAUCAAAGAUUGGACCAGAGUUCUACGAGGGUAUGGAGUCAAAGAAGUGGCAAGAGCGUCAGGCUCAAGUCGAUAUGUUGGUAGAUCUCUUGAAUUCAUCACCCAAGAUUGAGAAUGGUGAUUUUAGAGAGUUGGUGAGCGUUCUCAAGAAGACACUGAGUGACACCAACGUCAUGAUUGUUACCAAGGCUAUCGUUGCCAUCGGACUCAUGGGUGAGGGUCUACGUAAUCACUUUACACAGUUUGUCAAGGGUAUGGUCAUUCCAAUUAUGGAGCGUUACAAAGAAAAGAAACCACAGGUUGUUCCAGCCGUACACACCACUAUGAAUCAACUGGUCAGUCGUUGUGUUGGAAUCUCUGAUAUCAUCGACGAACUUAUUGCACUCAUGGCAAACAAAGUUGCACAAAUCAAGAUUGAAACACUCAACUUCCUACACAAGGCAAUGUCCACCACAAAGAAACCACAGGACAUCACCAAAGUUGCCAAGCAGCUUGCCAAGUCGAUGAUGGACUGCUUGAAUGACACCGCAGAGCCAGUGAGAGAUGCUGCCGCCAAGACAUUUGCAUUGUUUUCCUCGAUCAUUGGUGAGCGUGGAAUGGCUCCAUACUUUAACCAGUUGGAUCCAAUCAAGUUGAAGAAAGUCAAGGACUUGAUGCCAACUGCACCCACUCCAGUUGCGGCAUCGGCAGGUGAGCCUGACGACGACGAGCCAGCUUCAUCAUCAAAGAAGCCUGCAUCGAAAUCAUCAACCUCUGCAAAAUCAACUACAACAACCACCACCACAACUACCGCUUCAUAUGGUGGUGGAUUAGACGACCUCGCAGCCAAGCUGAGCAAGACUAUUCCACGUGAGAUCCUCAGUGGUCUUGAAAGUCAGAAUCUAAACGAUCGUGCCGACUCUACCAAGAAGAUAUUGGAUAUCGUUCAGUCCAGUGCAACUGAUUGUGCCGAUACAUUGAUACAAUACCUCCAAGAGAAACCAGGUUGGAAGGAAGCCAACUUCCAGGUUAUGAAUAACAUGCUGGCAAUCAUAGGACAGUUGGCCAACUCUGACUCUACUUUUACCAAACAGACAAUUACCAAUUGUGUUGGUCCCAUCAUUGAGAAGCUAACAGAUGUCAAACUAAAAGACACUGCCAAUUCAACUCUAUCCUCCAUAUGCGAAGCUGUCUCACCACAAGUUGUAUUCCAACUCAUCUACCCGGUUGCCCUGAACAACAAGAAUGCAAAGCUCACAGAAUCAGCAUUGGCAUGGAUGGCAGUCGCAUUGGAGGAGUUUGGCGUUCAAUGUUUCAACUAUAAACCACUCUUUGAUUUUUUGAAGGGUUGUUUAGAGUCGAUCUCCACACCAGUAAAGACCUCUGCCAUCAAGGUUCUUUGUGUACUUCGUAUUGCAAUUGGAUCAGCGGUAUUCGACUAUGUUGCUGAUAUUAAGCGUCAGAUCCUCGACACUAUCGAUAAGGAGUUCAGUAAGAUCAAAGAUCAGCGUCCACCAGCUGCAUCACGUCAAUCGCGUGUAGAAAAUGAAAUCCCUAGAACCGACAUCAGCUCGAAACUAGGUGGUAUCAUCCUUACAAAUUUGAGUGAUAAUGAUUGGAAACAACGUCAAGCUGCACUCGAAGAGAUUGAGCGUUUUGUUGUUGACGCCAAUCUUAAACUCCAACCAAAGUUGGGUAACCUUGUCAGUUGUCUAGCCAAGGGAUCUCUCACCGAUAAGAACCAAAAAGUUAUCACGACUACUUUGACAUUAAUUAAUAUGUUGACAACAGCCGUUGGUCCAUCGUUUGACAAAUCCGCCAAAAUGCUAUUACCAGGUGUCCUGGCGCUAUUGGCCGACGCCAAGAAACCACUCCGUGAUUCCGCACUCGCCACCAUGACUAUUAUUGCCGAGGAACUUGGUACUGACAUUGUUUUGCCUGCACUUGCUACUCUCUUGCUCCAAGAAUCUGCAACCAGUCGUAAGGAUGCACUAACUUGGGCAGUCGCCAACGUCGGUAAUGCAAAGUCGACACCAGAGAUGACGCAACUGGCCAAACCAAUUAUUGCCUGUCUCCAAGACAAGAAUGCCGAGGUACGUGCCAACUCUGAACAACUGCUCUCUAUCAUCGCCAGUGUCGUUCCAGCCGAUGCUUUCAAGAAGGAAAUGAGAGAUGUCAAACCAGCCAAUCAACCAAAUAUGCAAGCAAUCAUCGAUCGCCAUUAUAUUUCCACCAAGAAAGCUGGCGCUGCCGCAGCUGUUGCCAAACAGCCAGUAGCUAAGCUGUCGCCAUCACGUACUUCCACUGGAAAGAGCAAUACUACCACCACUACCACAAAUAACUCACCAUCGAGAAUCUCCACAACAAAACUACAAUCUCCACAACCUGUCGUUGAACCAUCUGGUGACAUUAUACUUUACGAUGCAGCUGGCAAAGCCACCAGACAAAAGGCAAGUCAAGGACAAUCAUUCUACAUCCAAGAGACCGAAGAAAUAGUUGAGUUCCUCCAGGAGCAAGUUUGUCAGUGUUUCAGUGAGGAGUUUGCCAACAUGAUGUUCUCUGCCAAUCCAACCCACCAACAGCAAGUCGUAGAUCUUCUGGCAUCCAUUGAUUCCGAGAACUUUGAUUUACUUGCCAGUGUUUUAGACGUCGUAUUCAAAUGGUGCUCGUUCAAGCUAUUCGACGUCGGUGCAUCUUCACUCAGACGUACCACCAAAUUGAUUGAAAUUGUCGCCUCCAACAUGAAGGAAUUGGAAUACUAUCUCAGUGACUAUGAAGCUGGAUGCAUAGUUCCGGUCAUCUCUGAAAAACUGGGAACAUCCAACGAAACAUUCAAACAAAUGUUACGUCCAUGUCAAAGAAUACUUUCCGAAGUGACACCUCCCAAUUCUUUCUUUAAGUACACAUUGGAAACCACCGCCAAAACCAACAAUUGGCGAACUAGAGUCGAAGGUAUCACUGAAAUGGGCAACAUUAUUAAUCAACAUGGUCCAGCGGUUGCUGGAAAUCAACUAAAACCGGUAGUUGCUGUCAUGGCUAAAGUUCUGAGCGAUCGCGAUCCCGCCCAGAAGCAAGCCGCCAUCAAUUCACUCUCCCAAUUGCAUGCGCACAUCGGAGAUGAAAUCUGGAAAUAUCUUACCGUUCUCAGUCCAGCCGAUCGCCAACAACUCGAACAGAUUUUCGGACAAUCCAAUCAAUCUCCCAACAGAUCACAGCACCAAUCACAAAUGCAAUCAGCGAGUGGCUCAUCAGAUGACGAAGAGACCAAUAUUAUCAUCGAGUAUUUGGAGUUGCUUAAGAACUUCUCAGAGCAAACAAUCGAUACUGUUGUGGAGCUGCUCAAGAUGCUAUCGAAUCUCAUAGCCGGUACACAAUCCACCACCUUUGCCGAGAAAUUUUUGUAUUAUAAUGAAGAGUAUCAAAUGGUACUUACUACCAUUCUCACCAGUAUUUUCCCACGUGUAUUCAACGACCAAUCUAUCUUUAGAUUGUGUAAAUAUCUAAUACAUACCAUCAUCACCAUCUAUUCCCACGAUCUCAUUGCUAAAAAGUCAUCGGUGCGUGCACUUCAAUCAGUCUUACGCGAGUCCAUCACUCUGCUGGUGAGCCAGCCAAGUUUGCCACAGAAACAAGACGAUCUCGAUUGGGUUACCAAAGCACUCAACCAAGUGUUACUACGUACUCUCCAAAAGAGUGAUCCAACUACCUUGUUCUCUGUUCUACUGAGAAUGAUCACAGAGACUCGUGUUACCGAUCAAAAGAAUGACAAGUACAACGACCUGUUACUGCGUUGUCUGCUUCGUGCCACCAAGUCUUUGAAGGGUGCCAACUCUCCAAUAGAAAUCGACAUGGGUGUUGUACUCUUGGAGAUCAGCAACUACGAGAGAACACCAGGUCCAGAUGAUUCAACUAAAAAGACAACAAGGACACUCACUGCCGAACUUAUCAAUAUCAAUCAAGCGCAAGUAGUUCAGUUCUGCAAGAAGUUGGUCGCCUCCAACCAAUCACAACAACACUCCCAACUGUUUGCGCUACUUGAAGAUCUUAUGGGUGGAAAAGCAACUUUUGAAAAAUUGGUUGGUGUACCACAGUCACGUGGCGAGCAGGUCACUGUCAAGUCAGUCAAACCCAAACAACAACAACAACAACCACAACCUGUCCAUGAGGAGCUAGAUAUUGCACAACUUGGAGUAGCACCACUGGCAACUCCAGAGAUUCUUCAACAACCCAAUUUGACCAUUCCAAAGAUUGCUCCUGCACCAACCAAGACUACUUCAACUCUCGACCAGCAGAUGUCAACCGUAGACAAGUCACCACGCAACUACACAUGCUCCUCUACACUCGAAAAGAAGGAUCUGCUACAAGACAUCUUUAAGAAGGUAGGCAACAAAGAGAGGACCACCGAAGGAUUGUACGACCUUUACUAUUUCAAGAAGCAAUAUCCCGACUACGAUAUCUCCCACAACCUCAGCCAGACAACACUCCCAUUCCAGAGCUACAUCACAAGAAACCUUCAAAAGAUAGCGACCGAACUCGAAUCCAACAAAACAAAAGAAGCACCGGAACAGGCUGUCAACUACCACGAGAAACUCAGAGACAUACAAAACACAAUGCAUCACCAACAACAACAGCAACUCGAUGACAGCACUGGAAGCAGCAAUAGCUCAAUGAAAGAGUCGAACCAACUGACAGCAUCUGCAGCACUCAAUACACUGCAAAGACUACGUGGUUACACCAAUCAAAACAACAACAACACUGCCAGUGACAGUAAUGCGCCAACAACGACCACCACCACAUUACCAAGCACAACAUCGAGGACGACCACCUCGACCACCACUGGUACAGGUGCCACCGGUUCACAAGAUUUAACAGCAACAGUAGCAUCUUUAAGACAACGAUUAGCACACAUCAAAGAAACAUCAAGAUCCAAUGAAUAA